AACACAACACAAACCUACCUCCCCAUACAACUGGACAUACGGAUUACAAACCAAAGCUUAGCUUAUACACAUAUACAAUUUAAAAGCUAAAACACAACAACAAAGCAAAUUUCUUUUGGGAGAAAAAUCAUGCUUUUUAAAGCUCACCCAUAUAAUUCCCACUCAUUAUCUUUGUUGCUUAAAGCUCAUGCCCUCUCCCAGCUCCCCUUAUCUCUCUCUCACUCUCACAUCAAUUCUCAAAGCAAAUUCCCUUCCCUUGCUCGAAAAAAGAAAGCAAAGAAACCUAGACGCACACCCCCCUCCAAAUAUAGCCCACUGAUGAGAAAGACCCACCACACACACAUUAAACCACAAACUCACUGAUCACAAUCUGUCCCAUAAAAACAACAACCUUAUUACACACAACACAAACAAAAACAAAAACUUUAACACCCUUCCAUGCGAUCAUGGAGGGAGGUGAUGACUUCCAAAACCACCAUCAUCGUCACCACCACCACCGACAAAACUUCCCAUUCCAACUCCUCGAGAAGAAAGAAGACCAAGACCCUCCUUCUUGCUCCACCUCAUCCCCAUACCCCUCUCUAGCCAUCUCAUCAGCCGAACCCUCCAACCAACUCCUCCCCACACCCUCCGAACCCUCCCCAAAAAAGCCGCCUCCAAAGAGAACCUCCACCAAAGACCGCCACACCAAAGUCGACGGCCGCGGCCGUCGAAUUCGAAUGCCAGCUCUCUGCGCCGCCAGAGUGUUCCAGCUCACGCGUGAGCUGGGACACAAGUCUGACGGCGAGACCAUAGAGUGNCUCCUCCAGCAGGCGGAGCCAGCAGUCAUCGCCGCCACGGGCACCGGCACCAUCCCCGCCAACUUCACAUCCCUCAACAUAUCUCUCCGGAGCUCGGGGUCCUCCAUGUCCGUCCCCUCCCAGCUACGAUCCAACUACUUCAACUCAAACUUCUCCCUCCAACCUCGUAGGAGCUUGUUCUUGGAGAACUCCAACACUUCCUCCACACUCCUCAAUUUCCAAUCCAACAACCCCAUCUCCACCGGCAUGUUCCAACCCAAGCACGAAUUGCGCGAAUCAUCAUCUCUAGACUUGUCCUCGGAGAACAACGAAGAGGGUUUGGGAAGAAAAAGGAGGCCAUCUGAGCAAGACUUGUCUUCAGCUAUGCAACACCAAGUUGGAAGCUAUUUGAUGCAAUCGAGCACCUCGGGGACAAUUCCGGCGAGCCACGCUCAGAUUCCGGCGAAUAUAUGGAUGGUGGCGAAUUCCAAUAGCCAAGGUGUGAGUGGCGAGGCUCCUUUGUGGACAUUCCCUGGGGUUAGUAACAACGCUUUGUAUAGAGGAACCAUGUCAAGUGGGUUGCAUUUCAUGAACUUUCCCACACCUAUGACCUUGUUGCCAGGUCAGCAAUUAGGGUCUUCAAUUGGUGGUGGCAAUAUGAAUGAAGGCCAUUUGAGUAUGCUUUCGGGGCUUAACCCUUAUCGGACGGUGAUCGGCGUUUCGGAGUCUCAGGCGAGUGAGUCACAGUCACAUCAUGGUGGAAGCGAGGAUCGGCAUGAAUGAUCAAUCAACGUGUGUAGUAGUUUGGUGUUUUAACACAACGUGACGUGAGGUUUGAUUAUUAUUGCCCUACGGAAUUGAGUUUUGUUUAUUUUGGAAAGAUAAUUAUUUUUGUUCUUUUUUCUUCUUUUUUUUUUUUUUUGGUGUGGUUAAUAUGUUGGAACUUGGAAGAGGUGGAUGAAUGAUGGAAGAGAAGAGGGUUUUUUUUUAGGGUUUGAGAGAUAUGAUAUGACACUAUUUAAUUAACAGUUGGAUGAUAUUAUUUGGCUUUAUUUCA